AUGACCACGUACUUUGCCGGCCUUUCCUUGCGGGAGAUUUAUGAGAAGAAGUGUGUGGAACUGCACUGCCGCAAGAACUCUGCCAUAUGCCAGCUUUUGUCAGAUGUUCCGGACGAAUACCAAAGUUUGGUGUUCAUUGACCUUUCAAAGAACUUUUUAGGUCCAAAGGGCAUUCUUCCGCUCUUGGAGAUUGUCCGCUGCUGCAGGAACAUUCGUGUCUUUGACCUUCGGGCACAACAGCUAGAUAAUGUUGCCAUCGAUGCCCUCUGUCUCGCUCUGCGGCAGCACCCAUCCAUUUUGCGGAUAAACCUUUCGGACAACCCACUAACAAUGAAUGCGGGAGUAUCGCUUCUCCAACUUGUCAGGGAAAACCCUGUGAUUGAAUUUAUGACGCUUGAACGAACAGGCAUAGGGAAUUCCAUUGUUCAGGCAAUCAAAUGUCAACUGGAGAAGAAUAGAAGGGUAAAGGAGAUGGUUGCGGAAAGGGAACUGGGAUUAUUGGCCUCACCAGGCAGUAGAGAUGUAAACAGCUCCACAAAUGAGGAAAAAUCUGGUAGAGAACGCAUCACACCUGUUAAAAUCUUUCGUGCAGCAGCAGCGGCGGCGGCAGCCAAGGGAGGUUUAAAUGAACUCCCACCAGACUUGGCAUUUUCAGCGUCCAUGUAUGAAGAUAGUUUUGAACGGAAGCGAUUGAAAGCCCAUGAUAUAGAAGCCGCAUUGUUGUCCUUUUCGCACAGUGUACAUGAAUUUCUCUAUGAUGACAAUCCUGUUUCGGUUAUAGAUCAGCUUUGUGAACAGCAGUAUGCGUGGUUUUAUGAUCACCAGUUUGCAGCGGAUGAUGUCGCUGUUCAACAUCGUGCCACCGCGCUGUAUCGUAUUGCGGGUUGGCGCCGCAUAGAAGAUAUUUAUCCCUCGGCGAGGCUGUUUCCAGAUAAGGAUGAGGAAUCUCGUCUGGUGCUGCCGAGCCAAUCCCCACCAUCUUUUUCAUGGAUUUUUGUGUGUGUGGAUGCUGUCUUUAAUGAUUUGGAAAGUCUCCGAAGUACCGUGUUAGGCUCGAAUUCUUUGGGCCAUGGGGUGUACGGCCUGCGGGUUCAUAUUGAUGGGGCAUGGCGAUACAUUAUUGUGGAUGAUCUUCUUCCUGUAAAUAAUAAGGAUGAACUUAUCUUCACUCGCCCAGUGAACGACAAGUACUUCUGGCCAUGCAUUCUCGAGAAGGCCCUUGCGAAGUUAAAUGGUGGGUAUCCCGCCCUCAGCCUCUCCGCUCCUGAUUAUCCCCGUUCGCGAUUAUCUUCCAGGACGGAAAGAAUCAACCGAUUUUCAAUAAGCACUCGUGGGCACAGCGUGUACCCGUUUGAUGGGACGAGUUUUUUUACGAGCACCAACUAUCAGGGCAAUAAUGAAAGGCAAACGAAUUGCGCCAAAACCUUGAGUGAUUUGAGCGGUGGUGUGGGUAUUGUACGCUUCUUGCACCAUGAGCAGUUUCAACUCGAUGAGUGGUGGCUGACAAUGUUAGAUGUCCACAGCGCGGGGGCGAUGAUGGUGGCGGUGAGCAGGUCAGCAAAUGGGACGCUGCCCGGUAUUGAACCAUCUCAUGCCUAUCGCAUUCUGCAAUUACAGCAACUGAGUGGGGCACGCCUUGUUGAGCUUUCCAGUUUUUGGACAAAGAUGCAAUGGAAGGGAGACUGGUCAGAUGAAUCCGUGCAGUGGCAACGUUAUCGAGAGGUGGAUGCUGCUCUCCGAAAUCAACGCUCCGUUGCAAAGAACUCCUCCUUUUGGAUGUCAUACAUGGACUUUAUUGCCGCAUUUGCUCAGGUCCAUUUAUGUCAUUUGUUUCAGGGGUUUCAUCAACGUACUAUUGAAGACGAAUGGGGAAGAAACAGUGCGGGCGGGUCAUGCCAUGAACAAAAUUGGCAUCUUAACCCCCAUUACCGCCUGAAGAUUAGUCAGGAGUCUCCGUUUUUUAUUAACCUUGCCGUUCCUGACACACGCUUCACACCCACAGAUAUUGAUUCCCUUGCACUUCACAUUAUUCGGCAUGAACAAUAUCCUGUUCGAUAUGCAUCUGAUAGGGAAGAGAUUGUUGUGGCAACGGACUAUGUCGUUACGGACUCUAUAUCUUUUGAGGGCAUUAUGGAGGCAGGAGAAGAUUAUUGGGUGAUACCAAGUUCCCAUACGGGCGGUGUCAUGGGUAGGUUUCUCUUUCGUAUAUUUAGCCAAUCUGGAUUUAUUAUAUGGAAGGAAGAUCCUUCUUACCAUUGGAAUACGCUUACCUACAGUGACACGGUAGAGUGCAGUGGCGAAUACCGCACAGGCGAUGAUAAUGCGCAGGUUGCACUUUGUUUUGGUUCUCAUGUCACCGUUGGAAAUAUGGAGAAUAAAACAGGAUCACUUAUUGUAAAGGCGCAGGCGCCUGAUAGCGAUGAAAAUGCCCUGGGCAUAUUCCUUGUGAAGACAACUUUGGUGGAGGGCAGACCCUCAAGGUCUGUUGGCGUGUUGCGCGACGAGUCUGUAGUGGCGUCAAGCCCAUUCAUCAUGGAUGAAAUUGUAUAUUUGGAAGCGAAAGUGCAUCCUGGGGAACGAUACACACUUGUUGUGUGUGUUCACCCGGUGGGGUCUCAAGCAAAACUGGAAUUUACUAUAUGGAGCUCUCUCCCGCUACCACAACUGACACCGUUGCCUGUGUGGAAGAAGAAAAGUGUAACCGUGUCGUGGCCACAGGGAAGCGGCUCGUACUACGAGGUAACACGAAAUCCCCAAGUUGAAAUUUACCCCGCAAGGAUUUUGGAUACCUUUGUAAUCCGAAUGCAGGUUAAGGAUUGUAGUUACACGGAUCCCUCUAUUGUUUUUUUUGUUUUGGCUAAUGAUGGCCGUCAGGGUGAAGGUAUCAAAGGCCAAAUACCGGCAGAUCGAGUGAUGGUGCGUUCACAGUAUGUACGACAUCAUGUCGUUCAGUGCGAGCUUUUGAUGAAAGAGUCCAUGGAUUCUCUGUUAGUUGUACCGUGCCUCCAACCGGCUGGUUCCUUUGGGGAAUGCACAAUUAGCGUCGCUACCGAAAGUGCCGAAUUUAUGAUUCGCGCUCUUUCCACAGGCUGA